GGCGAGCGCGAGUAGUGAGAGCGAGCAUGCCGUUCGCGUCGCAAGCGAGUGCUGUCGCUGCCGCCGUCCGAUGGUACCGGUUUGAAGAGCGAGUCGCGCUUCAGGACCAGCUUCUCGCGAGUCAGUAGAGCGAGAGUCAGUCUCGCUCGCUCGAUCGUCUCCGCUUCGUUCUCGCGUAUUCAGUGUGCCGUGCGAAUUGCUCACGGCGAACCGCAGCUCUCCCGACGACGACGACGCAAGUUCCGCGUGUGCAAAGGAUUACGCGGGGCGGAAGACGCGUCUCUUCCGGAGCAUCUGACCAACUCGGCUUCGAAAAAUCCUCCUCUCACUCGCUCACGCGGCGGCGCAUUCGCUCCCUUCCUCCUCACCCCCCCCCCCUCGUUUCUUCGUCCACUCAUCUGUUCUCCUCUCUUUUUUGUUCUCGCGAGUUUCGGGUCACCCUUUGAUCCCCUGCCUUUCCCCCGCAUCCGGUUCUACCUUCGUCGUACACCCGCGCCUUUGUGCGUCUCCGUCCCUCGCUCCCGACCAUCGCCACCUCCGCCGCCACCGCCAGUGCCAGCGCGCGCGCGCGCGCACGCUCACCGCUUUUCCGUCGCGCUCCGCUUCGUAUUCGCUUUGCCACAGCGAGUGUGCUAUCGAGGGGAACUCGCGACUCCCGCGUUGCUAACUUUCGCGCGUAGCGGGACCAUCGGUAAAGCGGAAACGGAACUGAGAGUAGCCUGUUCCUCGUCGUCUGUCAACGUUGAUGCUAUUAUGGCGCGCGAGGAGAAACGGUGGUGUUACUUUGACCGUCGAAGGCCGAUGUUGAUCCCGCUGAUGUUCGUCGUCUCGUGCGCUCUCUUGGCCGGAUCCUUGGCGGUCGCCGAGCAUGAUCACUCUUACUAUAGUUACGCCGGAUGGAAAGGCAAGUCGUCGUUCGAUCAUCAAUUUUCGAAUAUCAGACUGAUCAACGGCGAGAAUGUAGAGAGGAUACGCCGGGCGACGUCUGACAAAGUGAUGGUGACUGAGCAAAAAGAAGAGCCAUCUAAAAAUCAAUCAUCGGUGCAGCCGUUACCACAACAGCAACCGCAGCAGCAAUCGCAAUCGCAAUCGCAACAAUCGCAAUCACAGCAACCACAGCAGCAAUUGCAACCGCAACAAUCGCCAUCGCAGCAACCACAGCAGCAGCAGCAGCAGCAGCAGCAGCAGCAGCAACAACAAGCAUCACCAACACAACCAGCGACAUCAAACACGACCAAUGCAUCCGCCGAUGUAACGUAUUCCACAGCUUACUCGACUAGCGAAACCACCUCGACUGUCCGGCCACCUGAUUCUAUUUCCAGCGCCAAGCCGGAUUUUAAGAAGAAGGCAUCACAGGCAGCAAAUCCCGCGACUAACACGGAGACUGUACACGUUUGGGCAAAUCAAACACUAUCGAAUCGCAAUAGCACCGCCGAUGUCGGCAAAGAGCACGAGCCGGAACAGUCGACGGCGAAGGACGCGGUAGAGGAUGCUAUGAAAUCCGACGACAUUGGCGAUAUCUCCAUCAGUAAAUUUUCUGACGUGACCAACACUACGCUCACGCAGAAUAACAUCACCAAGACGGUUUACGAUCAUCAUCAGUAUUACAACAGUACUUUUAUCGUCGACGCCGAUAUCUGUAAAAAAUAUUGGGUCGACAUGGAUAAUCACCCGGAUCUUAGGGUCAAUCAUUUGCUCAGCCAGAGUCAUCGACGCGCCGCGACCGUCAAACUAAAGUUUGAUUUCCCGUUCUACGGCUAUAAUGUGCGCAAUAUCACUAUCGCUACCGGCGGUUUUCUAUACACUGGCGACUACGUGCACAGUUGGCUGGCCGCCACUCAGUACAUUGCACCACUCAUGGCGAAUUUCGAUACUCGCCUGUCAAACGCCAGCUACGUCAAGUAUGCUGACAAUGGUACGGCGUUUACGGUCGAAUGGGAAAAGGUGGUGCUGCAAGACAGGCCAAAAGCCGGCGCGUUCACUUUCCAGGUGACCUUGCAUCAGAACGGAGACAUCGUAUUUGUCUACUCAGUGAUACCACUUCUGGUCGAGAAAAUCGCGGACACGAUGCAUCCCGUCAAGGUCGGCCUCAGCGACGCCUACAUCAUGGACCGAACCGUGUUCUUCGUACGCCGGAAAACCAUCUACGAGUACCACCGUGUCAACUUCAAUCGGCAGGACAUAAUGAACUGUACAGUAAUCUACCUGAAAGCAUUGCCCACGUGCCUCAAUUUCGACAAUUGCCGGGAUUGCCUGACAAAGGUACCCGAUUUCGACUGCAAGUGGUGUCCGGAGCUGAACAAAUGCAGCACCGGCACGUCCCGACAACGGCAAGAAUGGUUAUUAAAGAAUUGUGAAAUGCGUAACAUCAAAGAAGUGGAUAAUUGUCCGUCGCAAAUCUAUAAAGCUGAGCAGUAUGAUCAUGAUGGCCACGUGCAUCCAGAGCAGUCAAUCGCCACCAAUGAAAUGGGCGCGAAGCAAGAGUCUAGCAGCAGUUCGUUAGAAAGUUCAGCUUCAGAGAGAGUGAAUAUGAGUGUUUCGGGAAUAAUUGGCAUUCUCACCGUCAUUGCUUUUGUGGUGGGCUUCGCGGGUUGGGGUGUGUAUGCUUAUCGCAACCCUCACACCCCGUCGGGGCAAAUGCUGAUCAGGUAUCGCCCAAGCCAAUGGAGCUGGCGAAGAGGCGAAGCCCGUUAUACUGCCGCGACUAUUCAUAUGUGAUGAGCUGUCCGGCGAAGAUCCAGUCACGAUCCAUGCGAAACUAUCAAGUAAAUUUCCUAAUUGUAGCCGGACAUGUCAAGUAAGUCUGCGAGAGCAAAAUGUAUCGCAGAAUAUCUACUUACGACUAGUUGCUCGUCGGGUUUGCAUUCAAUCGCGUCAAUAUGAAAUAAUCGUUUUUCUAAUCCGACAAAUUCCAGGCGGAAACCAAUUAAUUAACAAGCAACAAAAGAAUAUCUAUUUAGUCUUCUUCAUAGAUUUGACCAUAUGUUUAGAAAAUAUAUCACAAUAUUUUAAUUAUUUAAUUGUAUACAAAGAUAUAUACAUUUAUAUACGAAAUCUAUCGUAUAUAUGAUAGUAUAUUUUGAUGAUAUAAAAAGAAAUUGCGCAGAUAAAAAAAAUUAGAGUUAAGAAAAAAAAUAUUUUGUUAAAAAUUAAAAAUUUUCUAUUUACUUAAGACGAAUUUGCGAACAAUCGCUAUCGAUUCAGUGUAACAUACAUACAUAUAUAUAAAUUGACUCUGAUCAAUGAAAAGAUUGCUUCGUGCAAUUGUAUUGAAUGCGAGAGAUUUUCAAAACAUUGUGAAUUGUAUCAACAAUAGUAUCUCGAAAGCAACAAUUAGUAUACAAUUUCACUUAGUUUAUUUAGCUAUCAAACGGAUGUAGAAUCAUCAGCAUCCUUAUGUAAAUUAUGCUUACUCGUGAAUAGAUGUGAUGUUCAAUUAACACAAGAUCCUUUUGCGCAUGCCAGUGACGUUAGAAAUCAUACUCGGCGAAAUGACCGGUAUUUAAACUGUGCUUUGAAUCGAUCAAUGACACAGAUUGCGGAAACAAGGGCCGGUGUCGUUCCGACGGACCUUUGAAGAAGAUGCGUUCACGACUUUUCGUGAUAUCGAAAGAAGACGAUCGUAUAUCGAAUAUCGAAACAAGGACGACGAUCAGGAACGUCAAGCAUUUAUGUGAUUCUUAGCAGCACGUGGUAUACAUACCUUGUUAUUGUUUAAGAAUUCGUUUUUUUUUGUCGUUAGGCAAAUUGCAAUAAUUGUUUUAUAUAUACGUAAUAUUUACAGCGAAAAGAGAGUGAAUUUUAAGGAAGAAAAAGAAAAAAGGAAUUGACA